GUCGUUUGGAAGGAAAUAAGCUCCAGUCUGUCCUCUUCUCCAUUGCAAACUGACAUCUGCAGAAAUCUCUAUUGGUUUUGCUGAGACAAGGUAAAAACGUUUCAGAAUGGAUAAGAUUUCGUUGAUCUUUUUACUGGCAGCAGUCUUUUCUUUCGCUCAUGUCGGCGAAGCUGCGACAUCAUGCUACCAUUGUGUGUACACCACUGGCGGUGGAAUUGUGAAUGACGCGAGGUGCGUGGACCCAUUUGACAGAAGCUCAGGAGUAACCAACGUCACCACUUGCGAAAAUGGUUGUGUUAAAACAUCGUUACUCAUCGAUGGUGUCAGCGAGACCUGGGCCCGUGAUUGCAAUACUCUAUCAUCAUCUGAGUGUGUUAACACAUGUAGGAGUCAAGCCGGUACGACGGCCUGCGUACACUGCUGUACCGGCGAUUUUUGUAAUGGCGUCGGGGCUAUCUACUCCGUCAGUCUCCUAGCUACGAUGUGCGGUAGCUUCCUUGCUGUCUUUGUUAGCCAUUUCUGGUAGAUAAGCAGUUGAUCUUGAAUCGAAGGGGGGGGGGGGAAUUAAUGUCUUGCUGUACACACGCGGGAAAUUUAGAAAUGAUAAUAAUAAAUAUAAAAGACAUAUAUUAUUAUUUUUUGGG